UCCGAUCUUUUUAGGUUCAGCCAGGGUUUGGUUGGGGACUCUGAUAGCGAUCAUCAGUAUGGCCAGCUCGAACUCUGUACAGUUUCUCGGAUUUCUACUGCUUUUUGCAAUUCUACUGCAAACCAUAGCAGUGGCUGUCACUUUUAUAUACUUCACCAACGCCUUGACUACGUUGAAGGAAACAUUUUCCAAGAGCAGUAUUUCCUGCCUGGGAAAAUCCAACUUCAACUCCAUCCGGGAGCUGUUGGGAGACGUUGAAGUAGAGAACGAGGACGACCCCUGCUGGCAGGUCACGCAACAGCUCCACCUUUUAAUAGAUAAGACCAUGUCAAAUCGCUAUCGGAAGGAAAUAUCUUCUGCUGUAAAAGAUGAAGUGUCCCGAGUCAUUCCUUCUCUCACCACUGAAAUCCAAGGAUCUCCACGCCCUGAGAUAGCAGCUCACCUCACUGGGAACUUCAUGAGCAAUGCACAAAAAGCAGGAAGUGCAAUGAUUAGGAGAGUCAAAGGGCAAAAGAUUCACACGUGGGAAUCUAGGAAAGGCCUGGCAUUCCUGCACAAUCUGCAGUUCAAGAACGGCGAGCUGAUCGUUCCGAGAACUGGACUGUACCACAUCUACUCCCAGACCUAUUUCCGACACACAGCGCCCUCUGAUGGUUCUGAAGUGUCUCAGAGAUCCGUAAGGAACAAACAGAUGCUGCAGUACAUUUACAAAGUAACCUCUUAUCCCGACCCCAUACUCUUAAUGAAAAAUGCAAGAACAACAUGCUGGUCCAAAAACACAGAGUACGGGUUGUAUUCAAUCUACCAAGCUGGAGUGUUUGAACUGAAAGCUAAUGACAGAAUUUUUGUCACAGUCAGUAACAUCAGUGUAGUAGACAUGGACGAAGAGUCCAGUUUCUUCGGGGCUUUUUUGGUCAGCUAAAGGAAAUGAAUAUCUGGUAGGGGUCUUGACUCUUACUACAUUUCUAUAUUUCAUACCCCAUUUACUGGGUGUGCUGUCAAUACCUGCAAACACUUGAAGAGUUUGUGAGGGCACCAGUCUGCAGAGCUGCCUUUGUGCCAGAGUCGUGCAUUCUCUAUGCAAGCAAGAUUCAACCCAGCUGUGCAGAGAAGCCUCGGGUCUCCAUCGCGCACAGCGGAGCGUGGCUUAGGGCUGGUCUAGGUGGUUUUCCUGCCUGGAAAUAGAAAGAUGUAGAAAGCUAAUACAGGUCCUACCUCACUUUGGCAAGUGUUGUAUGAAAGAAUUAGUGUCCACAAUGCAUUCUAGUAUGUUUUACCUGCCUUGGGUACCUUUUCACAGCAGGACUACACUUACCAGAAUGCAUUCGGGUGUGAGUUGAAAAGCCUGAACUGAUUGAUCAUGUGUACAUGGAGUCAUACGGUAGCCCUAGUCCAGGGUAACCCAGCUUAGAUUCCUAUACUAGGAAUUCUAGUCUGAUGGCACUUAAUGAACUAAUGUUAACACUACGUUCCCUUUUUUUGUUUCCUAUAACUGGUAGAGAGAAUAAAAACUGUGGUAUUAAAAAUCAGAUUAAUACCAGUAAAAAGACUAGCUAAAAGACUAAACAUGUGUGCUAAACGGGAGCAUGUAGUGAAACAAUGAAACAUGGUCUCUGUCCGAGCACAGAACGACCAGGAAUCAGGCACAAUGGGGUUAAUAAUACUAAUAAAAGAAUUAACAACCGUUCCAGACAGGCACUGUUUUCUCCUUUCCCAGCAUAGCCCUCCAGGGCGUGUCGGGGAGUGCAGUGAGCUGAGUUUGGUGCUGCGCACACACACACACACACAGAGAGAUAGAGAGAGAGAGAGAGAGAGAGAGAGAGAGAGAGAGAGAGAG